AUGUCCGCCAUCGCUUCCGUCGCUGACGACUCUAUUGACUGCACUAUGGAGCUUCAACACCUGCAUUAUUAUAUAGGCCGUCUUCUCGUCGCGCGCAGCGACGCCGGUCUCGUGGAGUUCGACAUCGACAGCGUUCCUUACCCCGACGAACUCGCGCCCUUCUACCAACGUGUGCGCAACGGCCCCGCGGACAACGACAGGGCCGUCCACAUUAUAUUCUUAGGUAGUCGCGUUGGAAUUACGACCUCUAUCGGUGUGAGCGACGACGCUAUCAUUGGCGAGACCGAAUCCUAUCGCCUUCGCGUGAAGCGCCCUCGCGCCGUACGGGCCUGGUCCUUGUGGCGGUUCUGGAUCCGGACGAUUGUCAAGCUGGCCUUCGAACGUCCCGAUCUUAGCGAGCACGCCGCUCUCGUACGGGCUGCUCGCGUGAGGCUUCCCACUACGAAGGAUAUUUGUUCCAUGGUGCCGCUGGAGUGGCCACCGCCGCCGUCGCCGCCACCGAUGCCGUCGCCGCCACCGAUGCCGUCGUCGCCACCGCCUAACCCUGAUCUUGUUAUUGUCGAGUCGGAUUCGGACAAGGAGUCGGAGGACGAGGUGGAGGCCUAUUUGCUCGGGUAUGAUGAUUAA